CAGCCAAUCGUGGAGAACGCCCUCAGAACGAGCCGCUACAGCCAACCGCAGUUCGCUUGCCCGGGCAGAGCAGCCAAUAGGAGCGGGAUCUUUCCCCCACCUGACCUUGCUCGCUCGGCUCCGUUCUGAUUCCGGCUGCAGUCGCUGACUCGCGCGCUUUCGAAACCUCUUGCGCGUCCUUAGGACUUUGCCCCCUCGAGCUGCGCCGGGCAGAGCCCUGUUCACGCAGGGCGCACAGGAGAAGAGGAUCUCCGUGAGUUUUGCACCUGGUUUUUUUCCCCAGCUGAGCGAACAGCUCCCAGGGGUGUGUGGGGAUCAUCCCGGGGCAGUCCCCACGUGCCUACUUCGCCCGAGUUCUCUUGCACAACUUCGAAGGUUCGCCCUCCCUCUUUGAGACUCUAAUCCGCCUCCUGAGCUGCUCUUCCUUUUUGCACCAUGCCGAGUGGAUUUCUCUCCCGGUGCUGCUAAGGAAACGCUUUCUUCCGCCCCGCAAUGGCCGAGGCUCUGCGGUUGAUAGCAGAGAAAGCCGGCUGUGUCGUCCGUGUUUCUCACGCGCGCGGCGGAUCUGUGCCCCAAGGACCCUGGAGUGGCAGCGGAGUCCUUUUGACGCCGGACCCGGCCAUUGUCCUCUGCCAUGGGUCCGUCUUCUCUCCUUUCCUCCUGCCAGCGGAGCACCAAGACUGGGCUCAGAGGCGAUUUCUGUUCCCCGAUAGCUUCCCCCCGGACAUUCAGAUCCAAGUGCUUAGGCCAGCAGAAUGCAGUCUUAAAGCUCCCAAUAGGAACUGGCUAGGCGGAGAUCUGGCAGGGAACACCCCAGCCUUGAGAUUCAACCUGCUUUCAAAUUGGCACGAGACACCCAGCGGCCUCCGAUGCCACAAGGCCGAACUCAUUAUGAUGCUCCCCUGUGUGGCGUUCCAGGACGCUUUCUCCAAAGUCUUCAGCUCCACUGAACAGUGGCGUUUUGGCACAGAGGAGGAUGUUGAAGAGGAAUCCAGCGCCCCAGAAGAUGAGGCGCGUUUCCUGCCCUGGUUUGCCCUGCUGAGGAUCCUGGAUGGCGAUCCCCAUGGUGGGGGUGGGGUGAGCUGCGUGGCAGCCGAAACGCUGAGGAAGGGAGACCCGGUCUUUGCCUGUGGCUCCCCGUUUGGCUCGUUCUGCCCGGACAUCUUCAUGAACACCCUCAGCAAAGGGAUUGUGAGCAACACAGCCGGGGAAAGCAACGUCCUAAUCCUGACCGACGCUCGCUGCUUGCCUGGCACCGAAGGGGGCGGCGUCUAUGUGUUAGCAGAAACUGGCCUUCACUUGGUUGGGAUAAUCGUAGCUCCGCUUUGCUGGAAAUCCAGCGAAUGGGUUGGUCUAACUCUGGUUUGUGCCGUCAACAGUAUUCUACAUUGCAUCCGGAGUGCCCUUUCUGGGCCUCACCGGGCUCUGAAAACGUGGCUGAACCCCUUGGAACUUGUGGCCGAGUCUCACGGAAAGAUGGUCGCCAGAGAUGGACCACAUCAGCAAAUGCUGGCUGCCGUGGUUCUGGUGGAACGGGGCCUCACCUGGGGAUCUGGCGUGAUCAUGAACUCAAGGCUGGUGUUGACCUGUCGACACGUGGCCAAUGGCGCAGCGAGUGUCUGUGUUAGGUUGCAGCCCAGCCACGGAAAGAGUUCUGUAGCUAAAGGAAAAGUGGUGUUUGCUACCAAGGACUCUUCUCCCUAUGAUGUAGCACUGGUAGAAUUAGAAGAUGACCUGCCCACAUAUACAGAGCCCGUCCUGGCAUCAGAGUUUUACAAAGGAGAAGAUGUGAAUAUCGUUGGUUUCGGCGUCUUUGGCCAGGCCUGCGGCCCAUCGGUAACAUCUGGGAUCCUGUCGGCAGUGAUCACUGUGGGAGAUGAGCCUGUGAUGCUUCAGGCAACCUGCGCAGUUCAUGGUGGCUCCAGCGGGGGAGCCCUGUUCUCCACGCACAGUGGGAAACUCCUAGGUAUCGUUGCCAGCAACACGAGGGAUAACAGCAUCGGAGUGACGUACCCUCACCUGAACUUCAGCAUUCCCAUCACCGUUCUGCAGCCGGCCCUCUUGGAAUACCUUCAUAGCAGAAGCCUGCGCAGCUUCCGGGAACUAGACAGGGUGGGCCACAAGAUCCAGGUUGUGUGGAGACUCCAAAGAGAGCCUACAGAGGGACUGCUCAGCAAGCUCUGAAAAACUUUCAGAAGAGAGAAGAUAAGCAUUGCUUAUCCAUGCUCUGGGUGAGCUAUAUCUAGAUCAGGGCGGUCCAACCUCUCAGACGAAGCAGGCCGCAAAAGUACUUGUGGGCCGCACACUGUCUUGUCAGGUGGGAGGGGGGAGCCAGGCCUAAAUUUGACGUCGCCACCCCCACCCCCCAGCCCUUGUGCUGCCUUCCCAAAGCUGGCCAAACAAGGCGCCAGAGUCCUAGAGCCCUUCCACCUCCUUCCCAAAGCUUGGAAAGCGAUAACUAGGCUUUGGGGAGGAGGAAGAAGAACUCUUAAGUACCUGUCAGAGACCUCCGGCCUCCUUCCCAAAGCCCAGUGCCUCCUUCCCUGGCUUUGGGAAGGCAGAGUGAGAACCAAAGUGGACGGCAAAAGACAUUGAGGGCCUUAGGCCUAUAUUAUUGGGCCAAUGAACCAUGUUUAUGGGUGGGCUUGAAAUCAGCUUUCCUUGGCUAAUUUCAGUAGGGCUGAACCUUUUGCCCUCGUUUCCCAUCAUGCACCUCGCUGUGUCCUUGGGAAGGGGAACCUAUGGCCAGGCCCGGCUCUAGGUAGACCCCCAGUGGCGCAGGGCACCAUGGCGCCGGCCCGCCAGAAAGGCGCCGCGAGCUGCGCCCGCCCGCUGGCCGGCCGGUCCGCCGCGCAGCUGCGCCUGUGGGAGCCGCGCUGCGCCCACCCGCCCACCGCGCUGGGAAACGGGGCGGGAGGGUGCCAGAGAGUUCGCGCUGUGCCUGCCCGCCCACCCGCCGCUGCGCCCACCCGCCCACCGCGCUGGGAAACGGGGCGGGAGGGCGCCGGAGAGAUCCGGCGCACCACAGCGGCAGGGGCGUUUAAGACGGCCCUGCCUAUGGCUCUCCUAAGGUGAUUAGAGUUAGACCCCAGUUCCCAUCAGUCACAGUCAGCAUGUAAAGGAUCCAGUGAUCAAGGAUGAUGGGAGUUAGCCUGGCCAUAUCUGGUGGUGGUGGGGUUUCCCUUCCCUGUCUUGCCACUUCUCACAAAAAAUAAACUCCAUACUCUCACACACACACAGAAUCACAGAUUUUGUACACAUCUGCAUUUGCCCUGGUAGCCUUGUCUUUCUAUUUCCUUCCUCUGUUGCCUUUACGCACGGAUGAAAUUUCUACUGUAAGCUCCUAGAGGUUGCCUGGAUUUUGAUUAUAUAAAUAAAAUGAUAACAUAACAACAGUCCUAGGAUUCUAUCGGAAGCUAGAUGACAAUGUGGUUGGCUGUAGUGUCCCUGCUUGCCACCAGGUGGUGCCACAGUUCCAAACACCUAUGCAGAUAGACUGUGUUCUAGCAGGGUAUAGGUUUGUUUGUUUUCCAUUUGCUGAAAUUGCUUUUUAAGUUUUCAGUCAAUAACCUUUUAUGCAGAAGUUGUUUGCCGCUGUCUCUUGUGCGUGAAACGAAAUGAGCUUAUUUCAGCGGCUCCCUCUUGCCCGUUCUCCCUGGAUCGUUCAUUGGUUGCAGAAUUGUAUAUUUAGGAGGAACAUAGAUCAUGGUUCUCUUUUUUCCAACAACCCCAGUGCUUCGCCACAGAGAAGAGGUGGGCUUUCAGAGGCCCUGACUGUGUCCAGGGAGAUCGGUUCUCUUUCCAUAAUGGCAACGUUCUUCCUUCUCUGACAGGGCCCACGUUGCUUCUGAACGCCAGCGGCUGGGAAUCGGGGGUGGAGGGAAAGUGCGGUUGCAUUCGGGGGCUUUUUUGAGGCUCCCCAUAAGCAUCUGCUUGGCCUCUGUGAGAACUCGAUGCUCAACUAGAGACCAGAUCCAUCAGAGCUGCUCUUAUUUUCCACUUGUGCUUUCCUGGACAAAGUAAACAAAAAACAAACCGUGCAAGCCUUGCUUGUAUUCUCAGCACGAGAUUGCAAAUGCUGCAGUAAUUGAACAGUAGCUCCCCCCCCCCCAUGUAGUGCUCAAGGGGACUCGGUGCUCAUGUCCGCUUCUUAAAAAGAAGGUAAAGGGCAACGCUGCUCUCCACUUCUCAGCAAAAGAUGGACUCAAACCAUUCUUCUCUUUUUCCAUUCCUCUUCCUUGGGGAUGAAAUGGAUCAGGCCUGCAGGGCAGUCUUCGCUCAUUUCAUUCCUCUGUCGACUCAGAGAAGGCCAGGAAAAAGAUUGCAAUUUAGUGAAGCAGCCGUUCUGUGCUGUGUUAUGUUCAUUCAGUUUCCAGUGGUGAAACUGAACAGACAGUGGGGGGGGGGGAGUUGUGCUGCAUAAUUAUUUUUUGAACGUAGCUUGCACAGUGUACAUAUUGCUGUUGAGUGUGUUCAGGCCACACUAUGAAUUUCUAAUAGAUAUGUUGUAGAGCAGGGGAAUGGACUUUUACUGCUGGCUUCAGAGCAUUUCCCCUGCUCAACUGUAGGAAAAGUUCACAGCCAGCGCAGUGAACCGCUCUUUGCAUCCGACAGGCUGAGAUCCCCUGAAUUUCUGGCUUGGAGGGGCAUCAACAAAUAAGUGGUAUAGCUUCAUAGAAUCCAUUGAUCUGAGAAGCUCAUAUGAGCAACGUCCUAGGGAUAGGAAGAUGGCAUGUGUGAUACCCAUUUAUCUCCCAGUCUUCCAGUCUCCUUGAGACAAAUGUCUACACAAGGAGCUCCACCACUUUUGAAGAAAAUGAAGACUUCUCGAAAUGGUCUCGCCAGCAAGUGUAGCGCCUUCUCCCUCGAGCCAUAAAUAUCUCUUGCUGCAGCCAAUUCUUCCAGCCACAGUACAGAAGAAAAAUACUGUGUGUUCUUAAAAGGAUGGUAGAAAUAAAUUGAGAGAUUUUUUACCCCUUGAGUUGUGGAGGGAGGGGAAGAGGCCAGCCUUGAAAUCUAUAUGGCUUCUGCUAGGAACCUUCUGCCUGUAAGAGCAGCAUCCUGUUCUCAAGCUAUCAAAGUUGGUGGUCCUCACAGCCUCUUAGAGGAGCAAAUUAUGUAGACUAAACACUCUGCUCCUGUUCUGUAAAAUUAUAAAUAGGAUUGUGAUGGUAUAGGCAGCAGGGGAAGCAAUUAAGAAUCAUUUGGUGGACCCUAGCAACGUUGUUCAACAGAGUGGGCCUGGUGUAGAUUCAUAAAGGGAGGCAGAGUUAGAUCAUAAAAUCAUACGGUUGG